CAGAGAGAGACGGGAGAAGAAACACGAGUUUGAUAAUUUUAAACGGGCGACAACGUGAGGACGUGACGGGUAGCGGGCGGUUCCAUAUUUGGUUAUCCUCUGAAACAAACACGCGCGGUGACGGUGCCGGUGCUUACCGAAUCUUUAUGAUAAGAAAUUUACUAUCAACUUGCGACAUUUCAAAGCAUUUUUAACUCGGUCAACGAUCCCCCAUCUGGGAACGAGGAUGUUUCUUCGAUGCUUCCCAAUGCCUGCGACAUUGUCUCCCUUCUGGGUUUAGCUAGCUCCGGCUUUAGCCUUUGGUUUCUCCGACGUGCUCAGUUCCUUUUGGCUCUCCCCAUUUGCACCACCCACCACCCUCGUGAUUUGUAUCUUAUCUUAUCUGGGUUUGGGCUAUGCUGUAGCGUAUUGCCAGAGAAGACUCGACCUUCAAGAAACCGAAUGAGCUCUUCUUUUCCGCGUGGGUUCUUGUUUCUUGGGUUUGGAAUCGGCUUCUGAUGCUCGUUGGGGGGGUUGCCGGUGAUAUUCGACGCUGCCCAUCUUGGAAAGGCCUCGACUUUCUGCGACGAUAAUAGCCUCUGGACAGAAUUUGGUGUGUACGUUGCAUCGCUGAACCUUUUGAUUGGCUAUUUAGAGAUUAGGCAUAUUGAUAAUGGACGUAGCAAGAGAGGAAGCAAUCAAUUUCAGGGAUGCAGAAGAAAUGGAUCGAGAAACCUCCGCGGAUACUCCUCUUAGAGAAACCGCCAGCCUGCAUAGAACCCACUUUCCGGGGGCCGUGAGGCAAAGGGCCUAUAUAUUUGAUGGGCAGGGGAGGUUUUAUAAUAAGGAGUGGGAUCUAGCUGAAGGAAGUGGCAAUGAAUUUUGCUGGUACCAUGUGGAACUCCCGAAAGGAAACCAGAUGCUGUCGCAAUCCGCGCAGUAUCUCAUUGAUGUUCUUUGCCCGCCCCUGAAGCUGCAAGACAUUCUCUCGCUGGUGAGUAAUGGACCAUUUUGCGGACAUGUUGAUGGAGCGCUUGUUUUUAGGAUUAACUCGCCUGGUCCACCAUCUAGCAACUUUACGUUCAGAAUUGCUGCUAGAGUUACGGAGAACUCGGUUAUUACUGUGUCUCUUGGUCGUGUGCCCCGUUUGGGGUUCUCGAGGAUGGGUGAAUCUCUUCUCUCGGAAAUUCCUAGCAUAGAAAAUCCCGCUUACGCUAGAGAUGAGCAGAAGGAAGGGAGUGGGAUUGUGAUAAAGGAGCAUGUCCUCGAGUUCUUGUUAACGAUGAAUCACUCUGAGGAGGCUGAUAACCCGGUGCCAAAAUCCGUCUCCAAUCUUGUUGUUCACAUUCUGGAUACACAUGUGGAUCACUUGCAAGAUGUUGUAACCAAACUCGAGAUCGACCUGGACUCAGUGGAGCUUGAAUUGGAUAAAGGUGGUUCUGCUUUGAAGAAACAAAUGCUGGAUGAUAGGAGAUUUCCAAAAAUGCAUAUUAAUUUGCAGCGGCUCUUGCAGGUGAUCGCCCAUGGUGAGCAGGUUUUCCCCCGUGUGAAAGAAAAAUGUUCUUCGAAACUGUGGUUUGCCAGCGAAGAUAUCGGCUCUCUCGAAGAAUUAAUUGGCCGUCUGAGAAGACUAAAGGAGAACGUGGGAUUCUUAGCAAACCGCGUGACAGCUAUCCAAGCUGGUCUAGAUAGCUGGCAGUCUGAGCAGAUUAACAGGAAGCUAUAUUACCUAUCAUUCCUUUCCAUAAUAUUCCUUCCUCUAUCAAUCAUCACCGGAGUUUUUGGCAUGAACGUGGGAGGAGUUCCAUGGACGGAGCAAAGGGACCCGGCAUUAAGGGACGGGUUCCGCAAUGUGAUGUUGCUUUGUGUUGGAUUGCUAUUUCUCGCACUUCUCUGCUUCGUUUUCCCUGCUUUGUAUAAACGCUUGGCCGAAUGGCAGAGGAAGAGGGUCAUGCAGAGAAGUUGGUCUCUCAACAGGAAGUCGUUUCUCAAGAGAACCCCCAGGCAUGAUGAAAGAGGAGGUUAUUUGAGAAUAUGAAAUGAAGUGUGAGUGGCGCUGCUAUAUUUGGGGCGGUACAUAUCCUCUAUUCUUGGCAAAAAGUUUCCCUCAAUUUGUUCCUGUUUACCAGUUAUCAUCAUUUUUCGUUCUGUCAUUUCUCUCAUCAGUUUUCCUUGGAUGGGGUCUGUACAAACAACACGGACGAUUGCACAAACAACAUGGACGAUUGUGCUUUAGUCCCUCCUGAGUUGCUCUCUGCACCCUUUUAGUGAAGUUUUAGGUCUAUUGAACCAUUUCUUUAAUUGAGUUUCCCCCGUUUCUUGUAGGGAAACUUGACCUAUUGGUUGUAUCUUUGUUGACAGAUUGUAUAGCAUCUCCUUUCCAACAAA